AUGGAGGGGCCUCCGGUGGGCAGCCUCGCUCUGAGUGGGGCUGGUUAUACGCUCGACAAGACGCGGACAACCCGUCCUGCUCUACCGGGUGGUAGAAUUCCUCGCUUAGUGCCGAAUAAUGAGCCUGUUGUACCUUCUAAAGUCACCACUGUCGAUGCAUUGAUCAAGGAGUUGCGUAAAGCUGUCCACGCCAUGUUUUGCACGGUAGAUCCCACCAUCCCAAGCCCCAACGCGUACGAAAACUACUCGCGUCAAGCGUUCCGCUUCUUCACCACAACCAACACGAUCACGCAAGAGUGUUUCCAUCACAAGGUCGUGCGUCUCGGUCUGCACGCUACGCCACGUCUGUGCAACGAGCUGUUUAGACGCAUCGACCAACUCGAUCUGGGCGAGAUCGACUACCCGACGUUCGCACAGCGAGUAUUUCUACCGGAACAUUUCUUUUCGCCCGAUGAGCCGUCUCCGAUCGCAGCGACGAACUCGCCCACUGUACGUGAUCGAGCCAACCGACCGGGAGUAAAGGCACCUCGAGUGUCUGCGCCAAUGAAUAAUAACGCGUCUUCAAGCCCUCGGUCGUCGACUUCGAUGUACGAAUACAUGGCGUUGGAGGAACUCGAGAAGUGCGUGGCGCGCAAACUUGAAGAAAAAAUGCCUCGUGGGACCACAGAUCUGGUUGCGCAAGCUUUCAGAUUUUUUACAAAUUUAGAAACAAUUACAUUUGCAGACUUCCAUCGUCAUCUAGGGAUGCUACAGAUUCAGUUAUCGCCUCCUAAAUGUCGUGAACUCUUCGUUCGAUUCGACAAAGACGGCGACGGAGUUAUCGACACGGUCGAGUUCGUCACGACGCUUUUCUCUAAGGAAUACCGAGCAAAUCGGCCCAGUAGUGCCAGAUCUUCUAGGAGUGAAAGCGACCAGGAGCCUUCUCUUUCGACCAAGCAACUUGUGGCGACGAUAAGAGAACGAAUGGACCAUAUCUCGGAAGAAAGAGAUCGGUUCCAACAAACGUUCAUGCUGUUCGCCAAGGCCACGGGGAUCUCGCACAGCGACUUGGAUGCUGCCAUGAAAAAACUCGGUCUAAAAUUGCCCGCCAAGCAAUUACAAGAUCUAUUCGCCACUUUUGACUUUGAUAAAACUGGCGAUCUGGACGUGAAUAAAUUCGUGCAAGGCGUCAUGCUAGAUGACAGCUCCACGUCCUUCUGGUUGUCGGUUAAAGACCGACAGAAAGUUGAAGAUUCACGACGAAAACUCUACUCCAUGGCCGUAGCUUCUGUACAAGAAUCGUGGACCAUUGCAGACAUCGAACGGAUGUUACGCGAGAAGAUCGAACAACGUACUUCUCGUUCUUCUGACUGUUUUCGACAGGCUUUCCGUAUAUUCAAAAAAGUUAAUGGGAUCAAGCCACACGAGUUCCAUGCUGCACUUGAAGCGAUUGGCUUGGCGUUGACUCGUGUUCAGUCGGAUAUCCUCUUCCGACGCUUUGACAAGGAUGGAAGCGGAGACAUUGACCUGAAUGAGUUCAUCCAUGGAGUGCUACCUCCUGACUAUAUGGGGAUCUCCUGGGUGGCUGCUGCAGACGAGAUGCAUCGAAUUGCAGCCAAGAAGAAGAAAGAAGAAGCCUUAGCGAAUCCAGACCAAUACAUGACGGAGAUCGAGAUGGAGAGCUGGAGUUUAGACGAGAUCGAGAUGCGUAUUCGAGACAAGAUCAUGCAGAGCACGUCCCGUAGUUCCGAUACUUUUCGUCAAGCGUACAAGAUCUUUAAGAAGGCCAGUCACGUGACUAUGGAUGAGUUCCGAGAGCGUCUUCUAGCUCUUGGCUUCCGUCUAACACCCGCGCAAUGUCUGGGUCUUUUUAAACGAUAUGACACAGACAAUAGCAACGAUCUGGACUUACAGGAGUUCUGUAUGAAGAUCCUACCGCCUGAUUACACACACGAUGGAGAUCAUUGGUCUCACUCGGAGAAGUACAAAAAGGAGCGUCAUCGACAGAAACUCGAGUAUGUAAAGCGAUCGAAGAACGGUUUGAUCGUGCUACCGAAAUUUAUUGAGUCUCACAGGUUCACACGCGGACACCAUGUGUCGCACUCGUUCCAGGAGAUGCAACAAGAGUCCACCCCGUCAUUUGACAGUCGUUAUGAAGGCAGUACGCGCCCAUCUACUAGCUCGUCAAUUGCUGAAAAUUCUCCUCGACCCACGACUCCAAAACCUCCACAAAUUGCUCGUCCGUCAGUGGCUUCACCUGAAAAAAUCAACUCUCCUCACGUCCCAAGUCCUCGUCGAGCCACGCCUCUGUCGCCUACAAGUCCGUUAGCGUCUGCUAGUCCACGGAAGCUUCGAGCGACAGAGCCACAGCUAGCACAUGCGACCCCACCAACCUCACCACGUAUAGUGUCUCCCAUACGUCCGAUGUCCCCGAGAGCUCCAGCGUCGACCCCACUGUCACCUCACAACAUGAACUGUCCGUCGACGCCUUUCCGUCCAGCAACUCCGCGUAAGUCGGAGGACAUUGCGAUUGAAUAUGAAGACGAGGAGGUCCUCGAAGACGACGUGGCGUCACAGGAUCUAGCUCGAGCUAAACUCAUGUCUAGACACCGACGUCAACAUGGCAAGUCCAGUCGUCACCGCUGCUCGUAUGACACGUCCAGUCAAAUAUCCGUGCGCCCUGCGGAGAGUGUGACAGGAAGCACGACAAGCACAUUAAGUGUCGCAGUGGGGACAGCCAAGCACAUGCCUCAACGGAACCACGUCUUGUUGAUCAAGCGCUUUAUGCAAGCAGCGGGCAAAGGAUCGGAGCAUCACUCGACCAAGAGCAUUAAACGGGUGAGUGUUGCGCGUCGGUAA